AUGGGCAACACGGAAGGUUUCCCGUCGUCCGCCAUCAGCACGAAUCCCACGAUGAUCGACCAGAGCGGGUCAACACCAGCAGCGUCUGGCUUGGCUGCGACCGUGCCGACGGCCACGCCCAGCCGCACGGUCAAGGCCGGCCUGGCGCAGAUGCUCAAGGGCGGCGUCAUCAUGGACGUGACGACGGCGGAGCAAGCCCGCAUUGCCGAGGAAGCCGGUGCCUGUGCCGUGAUGGCGCUGGAGCGUGUGCCAGCCGACAUCCGGCAUGACGGUGGCGUGGCCCGCAUGGCAGACCCAGAUGUCAUCCGCGCCGUGCAGGCCGCCGUCACGAUCCCGGUCAUGGCCAAGGCGCGCAUCGGCCACUCAGUCGAGGCGCAGAUCCUGGAAGCGCUGGGCGUCGAUUUCAUCGACGAGAGCGAGGUCCUCACGGUGGCCGAUCACGAGCGCCACAUCGGCAAGGACGUCUUCCGUGCGCCCUUUGUCUGCGGCUGUCGCGACCUGGGCCAGGCCCUGCGCCGCAUCGCCGAAGGCGCCGUCAUGCUGCGGACAAAGGGCGAAGCCGGCACCGGAGACGUCUCGGCAGCCGUUCGCCAUGUUCGCGAGGUUGGCCGCGGCAUCACCGACGCCCGUCAGGCUCUCUCUCGCGACGGCGUUCCCGGUAUCCGUCGCCUCGCCGCCACGCUCGAUUGCGACCCGGAUUUGCUGUUGCUUACUGCCCGGCUUGGCCGCCUGCCCGUCGUCACGUUUGCUGCCGGCGGCGUCGCCACGCCUGCGGACGCUGCCCUCCUCAUGCAGCUCGGCUGCGACGGCGUCUUUGUCGGCAGCGGCAUCUUCAAGAGCGGCGACGCCGCCAAGCGCGCCCGCGCUAUCGUCCAGGCCACCACCCACUUCAAAGACCCCAAGGUGCUGGCCGACAUCAGCGCCGGCCUCGGCGAGGCCAUGGUCGGCAUCAACUGCGAUGCCCUGCCGGCACAGGAACGCUAUGCAGAGAGGGGGUGA